ACCCCCAGCGCCUCAGAAUCUAACUGGAUAGGACCUGUGAAUAAGUGAUUAAGUUAAAAUGGGGUCCUGUGGAUGGGCCCUAACCCAAUCUGACUGGUGUCCUUUGAAGAAGAGGAAGAGACACCAGAGAUGUGCACACUCAGAGAUAAGGCACGUGAGGACACAGAGACAAGGCGGCCACCUGCAAGCCAGGGAGAGGGGCCUCAGGGAAGCCAACCCUGCCUAUGCCUUGAUCUUGGACUUCCAGCCUCCAGAACUCCAAAAUCUGAGUGAAAUGCAUAUAAAUCAUGACCUAGGAUACAGUUCAAUUAUUCCUAUGAUGAAAAGAGCUUUCUCCGCAUGCGGGACUCUCGGCCUCAUUAUGAGUGGUGUCUUUGACAACCCAGGGCCCAUUAAAAACACCUUGAAGAAAGCAUUCACCAUGCUGUGGAGCUUCACAAUCUGUACCAGGCUGGAAUGCUUGAGGGUGGCAUUAUCAAAUGAGGAAACAAUUCCUUUCAUUUUUCAUCCGAAGACUCAGACAGCAAACAUAUUAUCUGGCCCUAUAAGCAUCCCGAUGCUUCUGUGAAACCCAAGCAAGUUGUGCAUCACCACGACAGCCG